CACGUCGACUGCCAGCCAUUACUUCACUGCAGCAGCAAUCAGCCCUUCCGUACUUAGUGAGCCAGACACACUAACCUGUCUGUCCCCUCCUCUUUCCUCUCUCUCUCUCUCUCUGUCUCUCUCCCUCCCUCUCCUUGUGUGCAUAUUCAGCAGAGCUGCCCUCCUCUCCUCCUCAUCACUUUGCCACUCCUGCGGCAUUGCUCUUUGCUUGAAGGGGACACCGGCCUGCUCCUCACCCACUGAUUCUGCAUGACUGUCACAAAGAUGUCAUGGCGUCCGACGUACCGAAGCUCCAAGUUUCGAAAUGUCUAUGGAAAAGUAGCCAACCGGGAGCACUGCUUCGACGGUAUCCCCAUCACCAAGAAUGUCCAUGACAACCACUUCUGUGCCGUCAACUCCAAGUUCCUGGCAGUCGUCACAGAGAGUGCCGGCGGAGGCUCUUUCAUUGUUAUACCUGUAUCCCAGUCUGGCCGCCUGGACUCUCAUCACCCGAAAGUGUGCGGCCACAAUGGCAACGUGCUGGAUAUCAAGUGGAACCCUUUCUGUGAAAACAUCAUAGCGUCCUGCUCCGAGGACACUUCAGUGCGAGUAUGGGAGAUCCCAGAGGGCGGCCUGAGGCGCAACAUGAUGGAAGCAGUGCUGGAGUUGUACGGUCACAGCAGACGGGUGGGUCUGAUCGAGUGGCACCCCACCAGCAGCGGCAUCCUCUUCAGUGCAGGCUACGACUACAAGAUCCUCAUCUGGAACCUGGAGAUAGGCGAGCCGGUGAAAAUGAUCGACUGCCACACUGACGUCAUCCUCAGCAUGUCUUUCAAUACAGACGGCAGUCUGCUGGCCACCAGCUGCAAAGACAAGAAGCUGCGUGUCAUUGAGCCACGCUCCGGGAGAGUCCUUCAGCAAGCCAGCUGCAAGAACCACCGCGUAAACAGAGUUGUGUUCUUGGGCAAUAUGAAGCGGCUGCUCACCACAGGGUUUUCUCGCUGGAACACUCGGCAGAUCGCUCUCUGGGAUCAGGAGGAUUUGUCCAUGCCGAUGGUGGAGGAGGACAUAGACGGGCUCUCAGGACUGUUGUUUCCCUUCUAUGAUGCUGACACACACAUGUUGUAUCUGGCAGGCAAGGGGGACGGCAACAUCCGUUACUUUGAAAUCACCACAGAGAAGCCGUACAUCCAGUACCUAAUGGAGUUCCGAUCCCCUGCCCCACAGAAAGGACUAGGUGUGAUGCCAAAGCACGGGAUGGAUGUGGCAGCUUGCGAGGUGUACCGCUUCUACAAACUGGUCACCCUCAAGGGUUUGAUUGAGCCCAUUUCCAUGAUUGUGCCAAGAAGGUCAGACACGUACCAGGAGGACAUCUACCCCAUGACGGCAGGAACAGAACCGGCCCUGUCAGCCAGCGAGUGGCUGAGCGGAAUUGAUAGAGACCCAGUUUUGAUGUCCCUGAAGGAUGGUUACCACCGGCCAAACCAGGUGGUGUUCAAGGUCCCGGUGAAGGAAAAGAAGAGUGUGGUAGUGAAUGGGAUCGACCUGCUGGAGAACGUACCACCCAGGACAGAGAACGAGCUCCUGCGGAUGUUCUUCCGGCAGCAGGAUGAGCUGCGGCGGCUGAAGGAGGAACUGACCACCAAGGACGUCCGAAUACGCCAGCUGGAACUCGAGCUCAACAACCUGAAGAACGUUAGCCCCAACAACGCCUGACCUCUUAGACUCCUGGACUGGCAAAGCCUCGCUUCCUUUGCCCCCCCCCACUUCUGACCUCCAACAACCUUCUGAGCCCUUCGCCCUGCUUUUUUGAUAUAUUUCAUUAUAUCAUAACUUCAUUCUUCCUGCUGUUCCACGUAGUGCACACAAUAACAUGGUAACCAUUGGAUAAUGUUAACUGAUCCAAAUACUGCAAUAUUGUAGUAGUGACAAAUACAAGUAAUGAGGCAUGACAGAUCAGGGAUUGCUACUUAAGCAUUAAAUCGCUGAUAUAGAAUGCAGAGAAUUUUGGUAUUUUCAGUUUUUAUAAAUGUAAAUGAUUGAUCUAGCAGUGUUAUUCCACGCCGCCUAGGUAUUCGUCUCACUUUGCCUACCCUCUUGUCCAUGUGGCAAUGCCUUGAUCACCAUGCAAAAAAAAAAAGUCCUGUACUGACCAAACCACCUCCGAAUUGUAAUUUUUAUGUUGAGGUUAAAACUGGAGAAGACUAUUAUUGCUCCUAUUUUUCUUCCCCAAGGCCUUAGACCCUGCUGCAGACCCAGUUUGCAGCGAGCUGCAACAUUAUCUCAAAAUGGCAGACGAGGAGAGCUUUGCAGACAUGGACCAUGUUUUUCCCACCAGGCUGCUUAUCCCAUUACCUACAAACAGUGGCUAGAGAUUUACUUUGUCACACUGACACUUAGCUACUCCAGACAGUCUUUCCCCAAGGACAGCACAUAGCUCACUUUGUUCAGGUAUCUCUUUAUUUAAACAAUGGGGACGCAGCUGAGGAGACAUGGAUCCGAGGGAAGCUUUGCUGGCUGUUACUGGUUUUUAGGGCUAAUUUUGAUGGGGGUAAUGUAUAUUUGCUUUUUAUUUAUUAUUUGUCACAUCUUACCUUUUUAGCUAAUAACAUGUAUAUUUCUUAAUCCCUUUGUUUUUGUAUGACACACUGCGCAAGUAAUGAUUGUGAUGCUUGAUAGAUUUUGCUGAAUGUUUCCGGUGGAAAUGGUGCAAGACUUGUGUGAAACAGCACCUUAAAAAGGUAUUUCCUAUUAGCUCUUUGUCUCCAACAACGUAACUUCAGAUAAGUUAUGAAGCUAUAUAAUUUCCUACUUUUAAAAGUGCAAACUGGAAUAAUAACCAACCAUUUGACAUUUAAACCAAGUAUAUUACUAUUACUGAGAAA